GUAAGGAUAGGUUAAUGAUUGGACUUCAUUAUUUCAGCUGUUUCCAUCGCCAGCCAGACCAGAGUAGCACAGUGAUUCCAAAAGAAUGCACCAACCACUUCUGCGUUCCUCCAUCAAAGUCGCUAUAGCUGUCACUCGCUCAGUCGUCUUCCCGCCUAACCCAAAACCGGAAUUACUCUUCUUCUACUCCUCAUCAGCAUACCAACGCCACCAAGGCCGAGAACAGAAAACGAAAAAAUUAUAUCAAGAACUUUCGGAUCCCAACUCCAAUUCUCCGAUUGGGUCACCAUGUCGAGUCCAAAAACUCAUAGCUUCCCAGUCAGAUCCUCUACUGGCCAAAGAAAUCUUCGAUUACGCCUCACGGCAGCCAAAUUUUCAACAUUCAUACUCUUCAUAUCUCGUUCUCAUUCUCAAACUUGGUCGAUCGAAAUACUUCUCUCUCAUUAAUGAUUUAAUUCUUGACCUAAAAUCCAAACAUUAUCCAGUAAAUUCCAAUCUAUUCUCUUACUUAAUUAAAAUCUAUGGAGAGGCAAAUCUGCGAGAUAAGGUUCUCAAAACAUUCUACACGAUGCUACAGUUUAACUUCAAGCCUUUGCCCAAACACUUAAACCUCAUUCUUGAAUUUCUUGUUUCUCAUAGAAACUAUAUCAAACCUGCUUUGGAUCUUUUCAACAAUGCUCAUAGAUACGGUGUUUUCCCCAACAAGAAAUCUUACAACAUCUUAAUGCGUGCGCUUUGUCUUACUGGGGAACUUAGUGUUGCAUACAAGCUGUUCAAUCAAAUGUUUAAAAGAGACGUGUUACCGGAUAUUGAAUCUUAUCGGAUUUUGAUGCAGGGGUUGUGUAGAAGAAGUCAGGUGAAUGGAGCUGUUGGUUUGUUAGAAGAUAUGCUGAAUAAAGGGUUUGUGCCUGAUUGUUUAACUUACACUACUUUGUUGAAUAGUUUGUGUAGGAAAAAGAAGCUUAGGGAGGCAUAUAAGCUUCUUUGUAGAAUGAAGGUUAAAGGGUGUAACCCUGACAUUGUUCAUUACAAUACUAUUAUAUCGGGGUUCUGUAGAGAAGGGCGUGCAAUGGAUGCUCGUAAGGUUCUUGGAGAUAUGGAGUGCAAUGGGUGUCUGCCGAAUUUAGUGUCUUACAGGACUUUGGUUGCUGGGAUAUGUGAUCAAGGGAUGUUUGAUGAGGCAAAAAGUUAUUUGGAGGAGAUGAUUUUGAAGGGCUUUUCUCCACAUUUUUCAGUUUCUCAUGCUCUGGUGAAGGGGUUUUGUAUUGUGGGUAAGAUUGAAGAAGCUUGUGGAGUGGUGGAGGUAUUGCUGAAGCAUGGAGAGGUUCCUCAUGCCGAUACUUGGAUCAUUAUAUUGCCUAGGAUAUGUGAAGUAGACGAUUUGGAGGGGAUACGUCAAAGUUUAGAUAAGGCUAUGAUGGUAGAAAUCAUGGGCGAUACCAGAAUUGUUGAGGCUGGUAUUGGUUUGGAGGACUACUUGAUCAAGAAGGCACAACCAAAAUGGCGAGCUUGAAUUCUUUCUGUACAAAGAUCUCAAGCAGAUGAUGAAUCAACAACAACAGUAUCCUCUAUAAAAUUCGGCACACGGGAGGCUCUAGAUCACGUGCGAAACCUAACCGACGUCGGAGCAAUGACGCGUCUGCUCCAUGAAUGCAUCGCAUACCAACGCGCUCUCGAUCUCGACCUCGACAACCUACUCGCUCAACGCACCGAUCUCGACAAGAACCUAAUUCACCUUCAAAAAUCAGCAGAAGUACUUGACAUCGUUAAAUCAGAUUCCGAUUAUAUGCUUUCUAAUGUGCGUUCCACAUGUGACCUAGCUGACCAUGUUAGCGCCAAGGUUCGUGAGCUUGACCUGGCACAAUCAAGGGUUAAUAUCACGCUUUCACGAAUUGAUGCGAUUGUAGAAAGAGGGAAUUGUAUAGACGGAGUUAAAAAUGCUCUUGAAUCGGAGGACUAUGAGGCGGCGGCUAAUUAUGUGCAAACGUUUUUGCAAAUAGAUGCGAAAUAUAAGGAUUCAGGGUCAGAUCUGAGAGAUCAGUUACUGGCGUCGAAGAAACAGCUGGAAGGCAUUGUGAGGAAGCGGCUUGCCAUUGCAGUGGAUCAGCGCGAUCAUCAAACGAUUUUGCGGUUUAUUAGAUUGUUUUCUCCUUUAGGAUUGGAAGAGGAAGGUUUACAGGUUUACGUAGGUUAUUUGAAGAAAGUGAUCUCUAUGAGAUCUAGACUUGAAUUUGAGCAAUUAGUGGAGUUGAUGGAACAAAUUAAUAAUAACAAUCAUAAUAACAGUAACAAUCAGGUUAAUUUUGUUUCGUGUUUAACUAAUUUGUUUAAGGAUAUUGUUUUGGCUAUUGAGGAAAAUGAUGGGAUUUUGAGGAGCCUUUGUGGUGAGGAUGCGAUUGUUUAUGCUAUUUGUGAGUUGCAGGAGGAGUGUGAUUCGAGAGGAUCUUUGAUUUUGAAGAAAUAUAUGGAGUAUAGGAAAUUGGCUAAAUUGUCCUCUGAGAUUAAUGCACAAAACAUGAAUUUGGUUAAUGUUCCUGACCCUAGAGAGGUUGAGUUGUAUUUGGAAGAGAUAUUGACCUUGAUGCAAUUAGGUGAGGAUUAUACAGAGUUUAUGGUUUCAAAGAUCAAAGGGUUGAGUUCUGUUGAUCCAGAAUUAGUUCCACGAGCUACCAAGUCUUUUAGAAGUGGUAGUUUUAGCAAAGUAGUUCAGGAGGUCACUGGGUUUUAUGUGGUUUUGGAGGGAUUCUUUAUGGUUGAAAAUGUUAGGAAAGCUAUUGCGAUAGAUGAGCCUGUGCCUGAUGCUCUUACUACCUCUAUGGUAGAUGAUGUGUUUUAUGUUCUGCAGAGUUGUUUGAGAAGGGCAAUAUCCACGUCAAGUAUUAGCUCUGUCAUUGCAAUACUGAGUGGUGCUAGUGCUCUAUUGAGUAACGAAUUCAAUGAUACUUUGCAACAGAAAAUGAGAGAACCAAACCUUGGUGCUAAGCUGUUUUUGGGUGGUGUUGGCGUACAAAAGUCUGGGACAGAGAUUGCAACUGCAUUGAAUAAUAUUGAUGUGAGCAGUGAGUAUGUGCAGAAGCUAAAACAUGAGAUUGAAGAACAAUGCGCACAGGUAUUCCCUGCAUCAGCAGAUAGAGAAAAGGUGAAAUCUUGUUUGUCAGAGUUGGGUGAUAUGAGCAAUACCUUCAAGCAAGCCCUUAAUGCUGGCAUGGAACAACUUGUGGCUACUGUAACACAACGCAUCCGUCAAGUGUUGGAUAGCGUAACAACCAUUAGUUAUGAGUUAUCUGAGGCAGAAUAUGCUGAUAAUGAGGUGAAUGACCCAUGGGUCCAGAGGCUUCUUCAUGCUGUAGAGACAAAUGUUUCAUGGCUACAGCCAGUAAUGACUGCUAACAACUAUGACUCCUUUGUACAUUUGGUCAUUGAUUACAUUGUGAAGAGGCUUGAAGUGAUAAUGAUGCAAAAAAGGUUUAGUCAGCUUGGAGGCCUUCAACUUGACAGAGAUAUAAGAGCUCUAGUAAGCCAUUUCUCCAGCAUGACUCAGAGGACAGUUAGGGAUAAGUUUGCUCGACUAACCCAAAUGGCAACCAUUCUCAACUUAGAGAAGGUGUCUGAGAUUCUAGAUUUCUGGGGUGAAAACUCGGGACCCAUGACAUGGAGGUUAACCCCUGCUGAGGUCAGGCGUGUGUUGGGUUUGAGGGUUGAUUUCAAACCUGAAGCCAUUUCUGCUCUUAAGUUAUAAUACCAGAAUUCUCUUUAUGCUCUCAACCUGCUUGGCCAGUGACAAGAAUCAAAGCCGGGGCGCUGUCCUCCACAAGUAGCUUCUUCCCUCGAGUCCAUUGCUGGCAUGAUUGUUAUCUGAUUCUUUCAUUGUUCUUAUUUUGAUCUGUGUAAUCAUCUUUACCCCAAAUUGAACAACCUUUGGUUCUUUCUCUGCUAUGUUCCGUAUCAUUCUCCUCGAGUUUGUUUGAUAUUUGUACUUUUCAACCUCUGGGAAGAAGUGUAAAAUUACUGAGACAAAUAGGAAUUUUGAUUGUACACACUUAAAGAAAUUUCAAUGUUAUAUAAUAAGAUAAUUAAUGUGUUUUGGGAUAA